AAGAGUGAAUACGUGAAAUUGUCUGGCCAUGAGAAGGAGAAGAUGCCUGCUCCAAGGGUGCCAGUGCUGGCAGCAAGAUCAAUGGAUCUCUUCUAUUCCAGGAGACAUGGAGGUCUAUUUGUGGUUGGAGCUACCUGACUAGAUAAAGUAUAGAUCAGUCUGCUAUGAAAAUACCUCUCAUGAAGAAGACUGCCUGAUGGCUUAGUUUGCUCUGAAUGUUUCACAUUAUCAGAUAAGCCUUUUUGUGAAAUUAAAACCCAAACCCAAUGUUUUUCUGGUUUCUGUAUUUGGCUUGGAAUUUGUUACUCCCUUCUUUGUCAAUUCAGUUUCAGGAAUAGGUUGAAGAAACUAUGGCAAACCAACGGGAUUACAUUAGCAGACCGAUUUGCAAUGGAAUUUCUGUUCCUGAAAAUAAAAUCAAUUCCCUAGUGGCUGAAGGUCAUGGACAACAAAUUCUGAAAGUGCUACAAAAGUUCAGAGAACAAAAUAUAUUUUUUGACUUUAAAAUUCUUGUGAAAGAUGAAAUAAUUCCCUGUCAUCGUUGUGUGCUGGCAGCGUGCAGUGAUUUUUUCAGAGCCAUGUUUGAAGUUAAUAUGAAAGAACGAGAUGAUGGCAAUGUUACUAUUAGUAAUCUGUCACCAAAAGCGGUGAAAGCUUUCCUUGAUUAUGCUUACACAGGAAAAACAGAGAUAACGAAUGACAAUGUGGAAAUGCUCUUCCAGCUGUCAUCAUUUCUUCAAGUGUCACUCCUUUCCAAAGCUUGCAGUGACUUUCUAAUAAAAAGUAUUGAUCUUGUGAAUUGCUUACAGUUGCUUUCUCUGUCAGAAAGUUACGGUUCUGUCCGCUUGUUUGACCAUGCGCUCGAUUUUGUGCAGCACCACUUCUCCUUGCUGCUCAGAUCAAGUGAUUUUUUGGAGAUGAAUUUUGAGAUACUACAAAAAUGCCUGGAGUCUGACGAACUAAAUGUCCCUGAGGAAGAGUCAGUGUUGAAAGCUGUCCUUCAGUGGACCAAGCACAGUUUAGAAACACGACAGAAAUAUCUGCCUAAUUUGAUGAAGAAAGUGAGACUACACCAGUUACCUGAAAAGACUUUGCAGGACUUUCUGCAUUCUGAAGAACUGUUACUUAAGAGUGCUAACUGCUCAGUAAUAAUCAAUGAUGCAGUCAAGAGUGUGCAAGACUUCAGUGGGCUGUUUCCAGAUGCACGUCCCUCAACAACAGAAAAAUACAUAUUUGUUCAUAAAACUGACGAAGAUGGAGAAAACAGACAUACAUUCUGCUACAACAUCAAAACAGAUACAUGGAGAGAACUACCACACACACACAUGAUUGAUCUUCCGGGGUCAAGUUUAUCUAGCUAUGGAGAAAAAAUAUUUAUCACUGGAGGAUGUAAAGGGAACUGUUACAGAACCGUCAGGCUUCAUAUUGCUGAACCAUUUCAUGAUGCCACUGACCAAACCUGGUGCUACUGUCCAGUGAGCAAUGAAUUCUCCAUAGUAUCUGCUAUGAAGAAACCAAGGACAAUGCACACGUCUGUUGUAACCUUAAAUCAGCUGUUUGUAAUAGGUGGAAAGACCAGAGGAGCUCAAGAAACCCGAAGUCUUUUGGAUGUAGAAUCCUAUAAUCCUUUCUCCAAAGACUGGAAAUCUGUAAGUCAAUUACCAAGAGGUAUCUACUAUCCAGAAGCAAGUGCAUGUCAGAAUAUCAUUUAUGUCCUUGGCUCAGAAGUAGAGAUUACUGAUGCCUUUAAUCCAUCUCUUGACUGUUUCUUUAAGUACAAUGCUAUGACUGAUCAGUGGUCUGAGCUUGUAGCAGAAUUUGGGCAGUUUUUCCACGCAACUCUAAUCAAAGCUGUUCCAGUGAACUGUACAUUGUACAUAUGUGAUCUCUCCACAUACAAGGUCUACAGUUUCUGCCCAGAAACCUGUGUUUGGAAAGGGGAAGGAUCUUUUGAAUGUGCUGGCUUUAAUGCAGGGGCAGUUGGCACAGAAGACAAGAUUUAUAUACUGGGUGGUGAUUAUGCUCCAGAAGAAAUCACAGAUGAAGUUCAAGUCUACCAUAGUAGUAGGUCUGAGUGGGAAGAAGUUUCACCAAUGCCAAGAGCCUUAACUGAGUUUUACUGUCAGGUCAUUCAGUUUAAUAAAUAUAGGGACCCCUGGUCAUCUGUACUGACAAUUUGCUCUGGAGAAUUUUGAAACUCCUGAGUCAAAAGAAUCUAUUCAAAUGCACAACUUUUAGAACAGAUUUGUAGGUAUUAAUUUAUAGAUGGGGAAGUAUGUACUCUUUUGUUUAAAUCUUCAGUUUAGAUUGUAUGCUAAAGAACUGCUUUUGGAAGAGUCCAUUACAUUGUCAUUCAUGCCAGUCACUAUAGAAAGUAUCACUUAAUUUUAUAUGCAAGUUUUAUCUGUAAUUAUCUGGUUAAUCUGCAAAAUUAUUACCUUUCAAACAAACACAUAGCACUGAGGAAUUCAUUGUGUAAUAUAUGCCAUUAUUUCUGUAAUAGUCACAGUUGUCCCAGUAGGUCAGUUGCUGAGUGAGAAAACUGACUGUGAUACCAUUUUCCCUAUGCAGCUGAAGUUUAAAAGGAAUCUACAUUAGUGUCAUUUUAUUUAGGCUUUUUAUAUCCAUAAACCUUUAAGAGGAGUUCAUUGUCAGCUUUAUCUUAUUCGACCUUAGCAAGGGCAACAGCCAAAGUGACCUUCACAGCAUUAAACCCAGGUAUCUAACUUGAAGAGACUGAUAAUUCCUAUCAUCUUACUUUGGCUCUUCAGUUUUACCAGAUUUUCUCCAUCCUUGUGCCUUAGUAGUAGCUGAACUUUCUGUUUUCAUCCCAUUAAGUGUGGCAAGAUAAACGUUGAUAACCUAUUGCAGGGU